CUGUCUCCACGUCCACGGUGUCACUGUGUGGCUGGCUUUGCAUUGAUAUUGCCAUUGUCGCUACAUCUGUCCGCUUGUGGAGGGUGGGAUGGAGUCAGACAGAUGGGGGCAAUGAUUAAAAAAAAUACUCUUGUCUAAUCAAAUGCGUUAAACGCCUACGGAUAGCUUAGUGAUCAUGACACUGCAGUUGCUGCGAUGCCAAGGACAAUGUAUGAUCAACCACUGGGGGGCAUCUGUCCCAUCAGCAACCUGUUCAUCCUCUGAAGCUUAUGGGAUAGGAGUUUUUGUGCCCCAUCCCAAAACUACAGUCCCACUGGAGUCACUUGUGCCAAAGCAAAUUUGUGUAGAAGGAGCAGAGAUGGGCAGCCCAGGCUGCGAGGUGGGUCUAGCUGGGUCAGUUGAGCCAGCCCUGGAGGCUCUAUGUCCUGAGUGUGGCCAGAUCCACCGCAGCUGGGAGAACCACCUUUACAACUACCGCCUGGAAGUGGAUGACGACCUGGUGUGCCAUAUCUGCCUGCAGCCGCUGGUGCAGCCUCUCGAUACACCGUGCGGCCACACCUUCUGUGCCCGCUGUCUGCGCAGCUUCCUGCAGGAGAGGGACUUCUGCCCGCUGGACAGGGCGCGGCUCCAGCUGCAGGCAUGCCGCAGAUCCAGCAUCCUGGUGCACAAGCUGCUGGAUAAGCUGUCUGUAUCAUGCCCUUUGACCCCGGUCUGCUCUCUCAGCAUGCCAAGAUGUGACUUAGAGGCGCAUCUCAAACACAGGUGUCCUGGGACACGAUGUCAGCAGACCAAUGUGGACGGCCCGCGAAGUGAGAGUGGGGACGAACGAGCGAUGGUUACCACUCCUCCCAGGUCGCCCCACUCCCCACAGACAGACCUGAGGGACAGCACCCCCUCCCCACCUGCCGGACCCAACAACACCUGCACCAACGGGCCAUUGUGGACGGACGACGCUGGCCUUGAUAACCCCGCCUUUGAAGAAAGCACGGAGGAAGACAGCGUGGUUGGGUUGGAGUGUGUCGUCCCCAGGGUGAAGCGGCCUCUGAGUAACCCCUGCAUCCACCUUCUCCGCUCUGUCAGCUCCACCUCCUCUGGCUGGGACUGCCCAGAGUCCCCACCCCUCUCUGCAGAAGAAGGCUGUGUGAAGUUGCCCUCCCUUCCUGAAGGAGAGAUAACUGCCAUAGAAGUCCACCGGUCAAACCCGUACGUUGAGCUGGGCAUCAGCAUCGUAGGUGGAAAUGAGACGCCGCUCAUUAACAUCGUGAUUCAGGAAGUGUACAGAGAUGGUGUCAUUGCACGAGACGGGAGGCUGCUGGCAGGAGAUCAGAUACUGCAGGUUAACAAUGUGGACAUCAGUAAUGUUCCCCACAGUUUUGCCCGCUCUACUCUGGCGCGCCCCUGCACUACCCUACAGCUCACCGUUCUCCGGGAGCGUCGCUGUGCCUCUCGGGCUCCGCCCUCUUCUUCCUCCUCCACCCCUGCUGUGCCCCACGCACCUUGCUCCACCCCUGAGGGCACCCCGUCCAGCCCCGCCACCCUGAGGAUCACCCUACACAAGCGGGAUUCAACAGAGCAGCUCGGCAUCAAACUGGUAAGGCGAACGGAUGAGUCCGGUGUGUUUGUGUUGGAUCUUUUGGAGGGAGGUCUGGCAGCGAAGGACGGCAGGCUCCGCAGUAACGACCGAGUGCUGUCAGUCAACGACCAGGACCUUCGCCAUGGCACACCGGAGCAGGCUGCACAGAUCAUACAGGCCAGCGGAGAGCGAGUCCACCUGCUGAUUGGCCGACCCAGCAAACCAACUCCCCCACCGCCAAAAUCAAGCUCUACCAGAGACCUCUACUGCCUUGAACACUUUCUGCCAAACCACAGCUCCACCCCCAGUCCUGUGCCCAUACACCUCUCCCGCACCAGCACCCACAGAGACCUGUCCCAGUGUGUGAGCUGUAAGGAGAAACACAUCACAGUAAAAAAGGAGCCGCAUGAGUCUCUGGGUAUGACAGUCGCAGGAGGGCGGGGCAGUAAGAGCGGGGAGCUGCCCAUCUUUGUUACCAGCGUCCAACCACAUGGCUGCUUGUCGAGGGAUGGACGAAUCAAACGAGGUGAUGUCCUUCUGAGCAUCAAUGGGCAGGACUUAACGUACCUGAGCCACAGUGAGGCCGUGGGCACCCUGAAGGCCUCUGCUGCCUCACCCUCGGUGCAGCUGCGGGUGCUGGAGGUCAGCAUGGUGGAGGAUCACGAACAUGACCAACUGUUGCCUCACACUCAUGACAGCGAUUUUGAUGCCAACUGGUCCCCCUCAUGGGUCAUGUGGUUGGGCCUGCCCAGUUACUUGCACAGUAGUCAUGAGAUUGUAUUACGGAGGAGUCACCCCGGCAGCUGGGGCUUUAGCAUCGUAGGGGGAUACGAGGAGAGCCACGGCAACCAGGCUUUCUUUAUCAAGACCAUUGUCCUUGGAACACCUGCGUACUAUGAUGGCCGCCUCAAGUGCGGUGACAUGAUUGUGGCAGUUAACGGCCUGUCGACAGCAGGAAUGAGCCACUCGGCGUUGGUGCCUAUGUUGAAAGAGCAGCGCAGCCGGGUGGCGCUUACAGUGGUCUCCUGGCCUGGUAGCCUUGUAUAGCUAGGCCGGAUCGAAAGCAGGCUGCACACCACAGAGCCCACAAUGAAUGUUCUAUAUUGGGAACAACCUUGGCCAAAGUGAACUGGUACACUCUAUUGUACAUCGCUCCAUACUGGGCUUAAUCCAGGACCAAAAGCAUUCAGAACUGUUGUAGACCCAGCAGGACCGAGUCUGUCCUGACCAGGUGGGAACUGAUCCAGAUUGUGUCACGUCACACGACAGACUGCACUCAAACACACUGCUGUGUUCAUAUGGUCAAGUUGUCUUCACUCCCACCGGGAGCAUGGUACUGCAACUGUUAACAGGAUCUGUGCUGUAUUCACCUCACCAGGCAGUUGUAGAAUCCAGGGCUGUAUUCAGGUGGAUGCAUCGUUGCAAGUAGAGAUAGGAUAUUAACAAACACGUAGCCUGUGAUCCACUGUCAUCUAGGAUAAUGACCUGUAAUAAUCACUCUAAUAAUCGAGAUUUUCUGCAACACCAGCGCUGUAUCCAGCUGAAUAAGCCUCAGGCCUUAUUAGAAACCUGCCGCACCCUGGGGGCUCAACUGCCCUUAGGCCUCAUCACCAUGACAACCAGCUGUCCCAUCAGCUGGAGUUUUAUACAUGUGUGAAUGUGUGUUCUGUUUGUUUAAUAAACAUUUCCUUCAGAGGAGUCAAGGCUCUACAUUCUG